AGGGAAUGAUUCCAUCCUUACUAAUUUCCCAAACAACCGCCCCUGCUUGACCCUAUCCAAUUAAAAGUAAUCACAUUCCCAAAAACCGAAAUACGGAAUAACCUAACCUAUCUCUUCAGUGUACCAAUUCAUCGGAUCUACAUCUCUCUCUGCGGCUCAACUCUCAGCCAGACGGUCGUAGGCUCUCUCCGUUUCCAGCUCCUCUUCCCCUUAGCUCGGACGCAUCCUACACCACGCCGUUCGUCUAAUAUCCGAGAGAAAUGUCUGCAUACGACAAUGCUGUUGUAGGCAAGCUGAAACUUAAGGGUAAGGCCUUGGAUGUUAAGACUGGGUCAAUGAAAAAGAAGAAACAUAAGAAGAGCUCUGAUCAGAUUUCUCAAGUCAUGGAAUCUAAACUCUCUGCAGGUGAAAGUGACGAAUUAAUAGUUGUUGACCGAAACCAGGAAGAGAUGAAUAAAGAGGCCAACAAAACCAACGGGGAAGGAGAUGCUGCUCGAGACUAUCUCACCCCAGCAGAGAGACGCUACAUGGAACAAAGAGAGAGAAUCGAUAAGAAAAAGAUGGCCAAGACUGCUAACAAAUCACACCGAGACCGAAUUGAAGAUUUUAACCAGUAUUUGGCUAAUAUGAGUGAGCAUUAUGAUAUUCCCAAAGUUGGACCCGGCUAAUCUAAAUCAACCUGCUUGCAAGGGCAAACCUGUAAUCUGGUGUUUGAUCCCUUAUCAUUUGUGAUAACCUAUCUGCCUAUCUGCCAUUGUAUACCAUGUUAUGAUUUACUCUGUAUGAAACAGCUCUCUUCCAUAGAGUCUGUCUAAGCAUAUAUUGAAUGAUAAUCAAAUGGGGCGCUGUUUAGCUUGUAGCUUGUUCCAGACUUCCAGUGUUUGCAAUUCUUGUGAUAUUGUGGAAGAACUAUUAACGAAUAUGUUUUGGGGAAAUAACAGAGAGAAAUGAUUUUAAAAUGUUAAGAUCAUUACAAGAAAUAAAUUUCAUCUAAAUAAAAAUGUAACUCCUUGAGACGAGUAUUAAGGAGUAUAAGAUUCUUUUUAUAUCGUUGUUAAUAUUUUGAUCAAGAAUUCUGUAACAUACUUAGAAAAACUUUUAUACUUAACAAUGUUAAAAUUAGGGAUGGCCUCGGUUCGGGCCUCGGUCCGGUUCUGACCGGGCUUUGUUUUUGGAGAAGUGAGGCCCGAAAACCGGACCGGGUAGCUCAGGUUCCAGGCUGGGUUGGUUCACCCGGCGGUUAAUGGGCUGGUUCACCCGGCGGUUAAUGGGCCGGGCUGGUUCGGGCUGCGUAGCCUAUAUUUUUUUUUAUUUCU